AUGGCGGGGUGCGUUCACACGCACACAAUUAUUCUUCUUCAUGGCCGUGACAGUCAAGCGUGCGAAUUCGCCUCGGAAUUCUUCGAGUGCGAGGCCACGGACGCCACGCCUGCGGGGGAUCGCACGUUGACCGCACUCUUCCCGACAAUCAGAUGGGUGUUUCCGCAAGCAAGGACUAUCCGCUCGGAACGAUUCGAUGCCGAUAUGCCACAAUGGUUCGACAUGUGGUCACUAGAGGACGUACAAGAACGUAGCGAGUUGCAAGUCCCGGGGCUGCGUUCGAGCGUUGAUCUCAUCAUCGACAUAAUCAAGGACGAGGAACUGCUCGUUCCGAGGGGCAAGAUAUUUCUCGGUGGGAUAAGCCAGGGGUUUGCAACAUCACUUGCUGCACUCUUCGCCGAUGGCCGAGGGGGUUUUGCCGGCCUCUGUGGGCUCUGCAGUUGGCUGCCGCUUGCGAAUGAAGCUGCAUCGAUAAUCCAUCAACAUUCAGAUCCCGUAGAACAGUUUACCAGCAUCCAGCGGCUCUACGUCGAUGGCGUCAAGAACGGAAAAGAGCUCGUGGUAUUAGCCCUAGUACCAGAGCUCAGAUCGAUACCCAUUCUUCUAGAGCACAGCCGAGACGACUCUGUUAUAUCUGUUCAAAACAGCAUGGGCAUACGGGACACUCUAGCAGGGAAACUUAGCUUUCGAAGCAUUGAAUGGCACGAGUAUGACGACGGCGGGCACUGGAUCAAUGAGCCUCGAGGCGUCGAUGACUUUGUAAGCUUCUUGCGACGGAUUAUGAGCACACAAAAGCUGGGGGAGGACGAUAGGAGAAUUUAG